AUGACGAUGAACUCCCCUGAAUCCCUGACAGAACUCUACCAACUAGCUAGCACCUCCCAAUCCGCCAAGGAGAGCCUAGCGACAGCAGAAUUCAUGCGCGAAGUAGGCCUCAAGUGUAUCAGCUUCAACGGCAUCCCACGGACCAUCAACUGCCUCAAUGCCUUCAAAGCCAGUCUCCCCGAAUCAAUCAGUUCGCAACUCUCACAAACCCCCACCCGAACACCUACUCCAGAGAAUAUCCAAGAAAUCUGCGCCCGAGGUCAGAAUCUCUGGGACUCAAUCUACCGACCCUUCGAGAAGAAACUCUACAACAAGCUGGCGGGUUCACACCCCGACCUGCCGGUCCAUAUUUUGAACGCGAACUAUGGGGCGCUUCUGUCCGACCCUAAGCGGACUACCGGUGCAAAUGUGGGCAGGUUAGCAACUUCGAUUGUUGCUAUCGCAUGUCUUCGUGCUCAGACGGGGGUGGGCCCGCAGGUGACGUCACAUGUGUUUGGUCUGCGGAAGGCGGUUGAAGAUGGAACGUGGGUGGCUGAUAUGGAAGCAGAAGUGGGUGCCAAGUGGCUGGCCAGUGAGGAGGGUGACUGUUUUCCUUGUAUGCCUCCUUGUUACUUAGAUGAGUCAUCCUCAAUGCGCAACCCGUUCAUUGCAACUACCAAAGUCACAAUGCCUUGGAUGCAAAGAUGGAAAAACAGUCCAACAGUAACGCCCACAAAAACAGCAGUCGCGGAGGAGGACUUUAAGGAGCUCUCAGGCUGGGAUGGUAGUAGGCUGGAAUCCUUUUUCAAACGAUACCAGGAAGAGCCUGAUCUUACUAUAGGUAAACCAGAUGACGAUAGUACUAAAAGUCAAAAAGAGGAGCUAGAAAUGGGUACCGAUAAGCCUUCGAUAAAGAAACUCAAUAAGGGCAACAAGAUACUCAUGCAGCUGCUCUAUACUAACUAUGAAGCGAAGUGGAGAAAGUGGAUGAUCUCCGACCCCGUAGUCCCUACUGUGUAG